UGGCACGCUGCAAUGUUAGAUGAGUUUAAUGCAUUGUUGCGGAAUAACACUUGGUCGUUGGUAUCUAAACCUGCAGGUGUUAACGUGGUCACGGGCAAGUGGAUAUUUCGGCAAAAGCUCAACCCUGAUGGCAGCCUUGCUCGCUACAAAGCCCGUUGGGUGGUCAGAGGAUUCACGCAGCAGGCCGGCGUCGACUACGGGGAAACCUUUAGUCCAGUCGUCAAACCAGCUACAAUCCGCGUGGUGCUCUCCCUUGCUCUCUCUCAUGGCUGGGAAAUCAACCAAUUGGACGUCAAAAAUGCUUUCUUGCACGGUAAUCUCGCGGAAACUGUGUUUUGUCAAUAGCCAUCUGGUUUUGCCGACCCUCAGCUUCCCUCUCAUGUUUGUCGUCUCAACAAGUCCCUAUAUGGCCUAAAGCAAGCACCUCGCACAUGGUUUACUCGCUUCACCACCUUCUUGCUCACUCUUGGUUUCUCUGCAUCCAAGUGUGACUCCUCCCUUUUCAUAUUACGCCGAGGGACUCACACUGCCUUCCUCCUUUUAUAUGUUGACGACAUAAUUUUGACAGCCAACACCACCUCUCUGCUCCGCUCCAUUAUCUCCUCGCUGCAGACUGAAUUUUCCAUGACAGACCUCGGUGAACUUCAUCAUUUCCUUGGGAUCAAUGUCCAUCGGAAUACUGCAGGUCUAUUUCUCUCACAGCAACAGUACACUCUCGAGAUACUUGACCGUGCCAAAAUGCUCCACUGCAAUCCCAUUGCCACCCCGAUCGAUACACGCUCCAAACUGUCUGCCCACGAUGGUGUUCCAUUUCACGAUCCCCCUCUGUAUCGCAGCUUGGCUGGUGCUCUCCAAUACUUGACACUCACCCGUCCCGAUAUCGCCUAUACAGUCCAGCAGAUAUGCUUGUUCAUGCAUGCUCCGAGGACAUCCCAUUUUCAGCUGAUCAAGCGGGUUCUGCGCUAUCUUCGCGGUACCUCACACUAUGGCCUGCAGCUGUUUCCAUCAUCCUCUCAUGACCUGACAGCUUACAGCGACGCCGACUGGGCCGGCUGUCCCGAUACUCGCAAAUCCACCUCUGGAUUCUGUGUGUUCCUUGGACAGAAUCUUGUAUCCUGGUCCUCCAAGCGCCAACCCACCGUCUCACGGUCCAGCGCAAAGGCGGAGUAUCGUGCCGUUGCCAAUUGCAUCGCGGAGUCUUGCUGGUUGCGACAACUCCUGACUGAACUACAUCACCCACCGCGUCGCGCCACCAUCGUGUUCUGCGACAAUGUGAGCGCCAUGUACAUGUCAACCAACCCAGUUCAGCACCAACGUACGAAGCACGUGGAAAUCGAUCUUCACUUCAUCCGCGAUCGAGUUGCCCUCGGGGAGGUUAAGGUGCUUCAUGUUCCGACAACGUCACAGUUUGCUGAUGUCUUCACUAAAGGCUUGCCAUCUGUGGUGUUCUCUGAAUUUCGGUCCAGUCUGAACAUUGUGCCCACCGAUGUUCAGACUGCGGGGGGUGUUGAAGUAUAGAUAUUGUAUAGACCUGUGUAUGUACGUAUGUAACCGUUGCUGUAACAGUUAGAGCUAGUCUUCAGGAGGUUUAGAUCUGGAGCGAGGGGAUCGGCAUGAUCAUGCCCACGAUCAGCACUCUCCGCACGAUACUGCGGCCCUGUAUAAAUAUGUAACAGAACUGAGAUAAUGAAUGCGUGAUUGAGUGCAAGAAUUCAGCUCCCUCUGUGUCACGAGCGGCGACGCCGGCGAGAAGCAGAUUCUUCCCCCCAAUCUCCAUCACCGCAUUUGAAUCGGAGCUUUGGAGAUCUCCACUCCGGCGUCCGCCUCUGCCUAGUUUAGUCCCAUGUCCUCCUUCAGCUUUAUGGUUCGUAAAACGAUGCUGAUUGGUUCUUGAUUAGCCCUUGCAGGUAUCAAAUCCCUUUCCCUUGUGCAACCAAACAAAAUAGAUAUUUUUCCAUUACACCGUUGAUACCUCUGUAAACCGAUUCCGUUGCCGGCACCGUUUACGGUCUCCGAUCCAAACACGUCCCAAGUGUUUCUCCGAGAAUAUGUCCAUGGGAAGACUUGCACAAGUGCUCAUCACCCUUACCGUGCUCCUCCUUCACUCCAGCCUCCAAGCUGAAGCAGGAGCGAUGGGAACCGGCAUCACCGCGCGAAUCCAUCCCCAUACAAUCCUCGAAGGUGAUAGGCAUCAAGGAGGAAAGCCUCUUCAAGAUAUGCCGGCCAUGCCAUUGUUGCCCUGGGGGUGGGUUCGAUUGCUCUGCAACAAAUUGCUGCUUUCAGAUACACUGUAACGGGCCCGGACAACCACUUGGUAGUUGUAUUCAGAAAAAGAUCGCAUGCAGCUGUGAUGAGAGCUGCAAGUGACCAAUGUCCCUACAUGAUGGACUAAUGAUGGCCGGAUGACAAUAAAGUCGUUUUUUGUUUUCCAGAA